UCUCGGGCUGAAAGUGUGAGCCGGUACGCGGUGUACCGCGAACCACGGGAGCCUCCUGCGUGGGACACCCGUCCCCUCGCCUUCCGCCGCUGGUUGUCACCCUGCCGCGACAUUCCUGCACCUUGGCCCCCGGGAAACGCGCCGUGCUGGGGUCCCGCGAGGAAUGGAAGUUUUCAACUUCUCGUCGGAGCCUUAAUGAGAACCAUAACGAGCCACAAGUAUUUGAGGACAAGAUGUAAAUAAUGGAUGCGGUGUUCCUGACCGACAGCCUAGAGUUGGAGCUGGAGACAGAAUGGUGCAAGCCUCCUUGCUUUUCCUGUGCUUUUGACAACAGAGGGGGAGGAGGAAAAGAUUUUUCUGGGGAGUCUUACCUAGCCAGUGGAUCCCUUAAGCGAUUAUUUUUAAAUCUUGAUCCUUUGCCAACUAAUUUUGAAGAGGAUACAGUGGAAUUAUUUGGUGUCCAAUGGGUUACUGAAAUAGCAUUAGUAAAUUCAUGUAGAGAGCUUUUUCAUUUAUGCAGGCAACAUCUAUACAAGUUGGAAGGCUUGUUACAUGCUAGCUGUGAUUUCGGGAAGAUAUCCAGCCUACACAGCAGAGCAGACAAUAUUAGGCAGCAGUGUGUGACCUUUCUCCAUUAUGUUAAAGUUUUCAUCUUCAGGUGUCUGAAAGUACAGGCUGAUGAAGACCAAGUUCCUGUCCAUCCCUAUGAAGCUUCAGAGUCUCAGCUUCCCUCAGUGCUGAUUGAUGAACUGCAUGGAUUACUUUUGUAUAUUGGCCAUCUGUAUGAACUUCCCAGUAUUAAUCUAGGAGCAUUUGUAAAUCAAAACCAUAUUAAGAAAUUUCCACCAUGCUGGCAUUUAUUACAUCUCCACUUAGAUAUUCAUUGGCAGGUCCUAGAAAUUCUUCACAUACUGGGUGAAAAAUUGAAACGAGUUGUGUAUGGUCAGCAGUUUGUCAAUCUGGCAGGUGACAAUUUAACCAGUGUUGGCCUAUUUGAAGAACAUUGUGAAAAUCUUCUAUAUGAUUUAAUAAGGCUGUCACUCAACAGGUAUGACAAGGUUAGGCCUUUUGAAAGCUUAACGAGUCAUCCCUGCCCCUGUGCAUGCAUUAAAGAAUUAUGGGUUCUACUCAUUCAUCUUCUAGACCACAGAAGUAAAUGGUCUCUUUCUGAAUCAUUUUGGAACUGGUUGAAUAAACUACUUAAAACACUCUUUGAAAAAUCAAGUGACCAAAGAAGACCUCCUGUGCCUGUAAUCCAGUCCAGGGAUCCAUUAGGUUUUAGUUGGUGGAUAAUUACUCACGUAGCAUCAUUUUACCAGUUUGAUCGCCAUGGAGUAGCAGACAAAAUGAGACAAAUGAAAUCAAAUUGGAACUUUAUAGAAGAACUACUUAAACAGUCCAUCACUGCUCAGGAUGGCAUGUUAGAAGAACAAUUACGAAUGUAUCUUCACUGUUGUUUGACACUUUGUGAUGUCUGGGAGUCAAACAUUUCAAUUGUCACCAUUCUAUGGGAAUAUUAUAGUAAGAACUUGAAUAGCUCCUUCAGUGUUUCUUGGCUUCCCCUGAAAGGUCUUGUGAGUAUCAAAUCACCCUUGUCUAUGCUUGAAAUGGUGAGGACCUGCUGUCAGGAUAAACAAGAUCAUGAUCUGUAUAAGUCUAGCAGUAGUUACACAAUUUUUCUCUGCAUUUUGGCAAAAGUUGUCAAGAAAGCAAUGAAGAACAAUGGCCCUCAUACUUGGAAACAAGUCAAAGGAAGAAUAUAUUCUAAGUUUCAUCGUAAAAGAAUGGAAGAACUGACUGAAGUUGGUCUUCAGAACUUUUUCAACCUGUUUCUGCUGUUAGCAGUUGUCGCAGAGACAGAAGAUGUAGCAAGUCGUGUUCUGGAUCUUCUGAAUUUCCUUAAGCCUGCCUUCCUAACAUCUCAGAGAGUCCUUAUUUGGAAAGGUCAAAUGGCAUUUCUCUUGAUGUAUGCCCAGAAAAAUCUGGACAUCAGUGUUUUGGCUAAAAAAUUUGCAUAUGAGUUCCAAGAGAAAGCCAAGGAAUUCUUGGUGUCAAAGAACUAUGAAAUGGUACAGAGACAUGCUCUAUGGACACUUCUUUCCAUCUACAUUGACGGUGUUCAGGAAGUGUUUGAGACCAGCUAUUGCUUGUAUCCUUCCCAUGAAAAUCUGCUUAAUGAUGGAUUUAGUAUGCUUCUGCCAGCCUGUCAAGAGUCUGAACUAAGGACAGUGUUGAACUUUCUCCAAGCUAUUCUGGCAAGAAUCAGGAGUAUUCAUCAACAAUUGUGUCAAGAACUUCAAAGGGAGAAUGUGGACCUAAUUACACAGACUUCAUUAUCGGCUAAAGAGCGCCACCUUGCUGCAAUCGCCAGUGUAUUGUGGAAACAUUUCUUCUCAUUCUUAAAGAGUCAGAGAAUGGCACAGAUUGUGCCACUCUCUCAACUUGCAGAUGCAGCUGCAGAUUUCACUUUGCUAGCAGCGGAUAUGCCAAGCACGGCCCCAUCUGAUCUGCAGCCGCAGCCAGUUAUAUCAAUAAUUCAGCUCUUUGGUUGGGAUGAUAUCAUAUGUCCUCAAAUUGUAACAAGAUACUUAAGUCAUGUGCUACAAAAUAGCACAUUAUGUGAAACACUUUUUCAUUCAGGCUAUGUACCUUUUCAAUCUUUAACUGUACGAUCAUGGAUCCGUUGUGUUUUGCAAAUGUAUACGAAAAACUCUGAGCCUAAUGAUAUAUUCAUUGAUAUAAAUCCUGAACAGGCAGUUGUAAAAGAAUAUAUGGAACAAUUGACAGAGCUGACAAGGUUACUGUUUAAACUGCCAGAAGUAAAGACUAUUUUCUCAAAGUCUCAAGUUGAAUAUUUGCCCGUCCCUGAAGACCCUAAAAAAGCACUUAUUCACUUCUUUGAGGCUGUUGGUAUAACUUACAGGAAUCUUCAGAUACUUACUGAUAAAUCUGCCAUGGUCACAAAGUCUUUAGAAUACCUUGGUGAAAUAUUAAAAUACAUCAAACCCUAUUUGGGGAAAAAAACAUCCAGUGCAGGGCUGCUUCUAACUUACGAGACGAUGGGAUUUCUUGUUAAAUCAUGGGCACAAAUUUUUGCCACCUCUAAAGCCCAGAAGUUGUUAUUUCGGAUCAUAGACUGUUUACUGCUACCACAUGUAGUAUUACAGCAAGAAAAGGAAUUGCCUGCACCUAUGCUGACUGCAAUCCAGAAGAGUCUUCCUUUGUAUCUCCAGGGCAUGUGUAUUGUGUGCUGUCAGUCUCAGAAUCCAAAUGCCUAUAUGCACCAUUUGCUAGGGAAUGUUAUUGAGCAGUAUAUUGGACGGUUUCUUCCAGCUUCACCGAAUGUCUCAAGUCCUGGACAACAUCCUGUUUUACUGGCACUGAGAAACUCUGUUAGUGUUCCACCGGUGUCAUCUCUAAAGAAACAUGUCGUCCAAGUAUUAAGGAAAUCCUACUUUGAUUUUAAGGGAUCUGUACCUCCUCCUCGCUUAGCAUCUGUUUUGGCCUUCAUCCUCCAGCUCUUCGAGGAAACCAAGGUAGAGGUUUCUGAGGUGGAGCUCCUCCUCCCUGGCAUAUUAAAAUGUUUGCUGUUGGUCAACGAGCCCCAAGUUAAAAGGCUGGCCACAGAGAACCUGCAAUACAUGGUAAAAACCUGCCAAGUGGGGUCAGAGGGAGAUCCUGCCGCCCAGCUGACUUCUGUGUUUAGGCUGUUCAUCCAGGAGUAUGGCAUGACAUACUCAUAUCAAGUUUAUAGUAUUUUAGAGACAGCAGCAACGCUGAACCAGAAGAUUGUUAUCCACCUCAUUCCUGCCCUCACUCAUUCUCUGAAGGACUCAGAACUGAAGUGGGGCCUUGGCAGGAAUAUUGCACAAAGGGAAGCAUAUAGCAAACUACUAUCUCACCUAGGACAGGUAGGACAAGAUGAGAAGCAAAGGCUGGAAAGUGAAAAUACAUAAUCUCUUCUGAUUCUAUCUGUUGAUUAUCCCUGUCUCAAGCCACUUUGCACCACUCGAACUCCUUUUAACUAAUUGCUUAAUGUUCCAUUAAAUAAUUUCUAGGAUUAUUUUCCUUGUAUACCUGUAAGUACAACAUUUAUAAAUAAGAUAAUGAAAGUUAAUUAGUGACUGUAAUUGAAUCUUUGGAACUUUGUAAAACUGUGUUCUAUUGAAAAGAUUUUAAUUUAAUUAAAGAAGACUUCUAACUGAAGGUUUGCUAUCUGUGUCUUAUCAAGCAGCUUGUAGUGACUAUUCUGUCUUUUUACUAUAAGUUGAUUGACUUUUGGAUUUUGGAUUUUUGUUGUAAUUGUUGUUUUGUCUGUGUUU